CCCGGGCGCCGGAGGGCCGUUGAGGUGCGCCAGGCAAGGGGCCUGGGCCGUGUGGGGUUUGCAUCAGGCACGGUCAGCUCCGCCCCGUCAACUACGUUAUCGAGGGCCCACCCCCUUUCUCCUCCCACGGGGUGAAAAACAAACAACAGCGAGUGACCCAGUUAGGUGCCUCGGGCGGGCGGAUGUGGGCGACGCCCUGGUCUUUGCCCUCUCGUGUUGUCAAACCACCGAGUGUCCGACGCUAACCCGAACACCUUGUGAUGAUGUUGCCGAGACUCAUAAACAGUUUUAAUAAAUGCUUCCUGAUCUCCCCGAACACUAGCACGCCUGUUUUUUGUUUUUGCUCACACCCAAACUUUUUUGUCACUGUUAGCCUUUAUCAGUCAGCAAGCAUUAAGUGCAAACGACUAAUCUAUAGAGCAUUUAUUGUGUGCCAAGCAACGUGCUAAGCGCUGGGAUAAAAAAAUGACGAAAACUAUCCCUGCCCUGCCAGAGCUUCCAUUCUAAUGAAGAAAGCGUGCACGUCUACAGGUACGUGCUACAUAGAGCAGGUGCAAGGUGGCCUUGGCGGAAGGACCUUAGGAAAGGCCACCCCCCGCCCCCCGCUCCGGGACGUUUAAGCAGAGACCGGACGGCAGCCGGCCAGGGAUUCUAGACGCAGAGGUGAAGGGGAGAGCAUCCUUCGUUUCUCUCCUGGGAUACAGAAAGAGCCUACAAACUCUUGGGGACGCGUAGCCCUUCCAGGUGGCGUUGGCGGCGGGAUGGACCUGUCCGGGCUCCUGCUGGACGAGGAGGGCGCAUUUUCACUCGCGGGCUUCCAGGAGUUCACGUUUCUCCCUGGACAUCAGAAACUGAGUGAGCGUGUCAGGAAGCGACUUUACUAUGGCUGGGACCCUGACUGCGGCCUAGAAGAACUGUCCAGCCCUGUGGCAGACAUUGCUGUGGAGUUGCUCCAGAAGGCAGCCCCUAGUCCUAUUCGCCGGCUCCAGAAGAAAUAUGUAUCUCAUGUGUCCCGGGAGGCAUGUAUCUCUCCAUGUGCCAUGAUGUUGGCUUUAGUUUACAUUGAACGACUUCGGCACAGAAACCCUGACUAUUUACAACAUGUGUCAUCUUCUGACCUAUUCCUCAUCUCUAUGAUGGUGGCCAGUAAGUACCUGUAUGAUGAAGGGGAAGAGGAGGAAGUCUUCAAUGAUGAAUGGGGGGCUGCAGGGGGUGUGGCUGUACCUACUCUCAAUGCACUGGAGAGAGGCUUCCUGAGUGCCAUGGACUGGAGCCUCUACACUGAUCCUCGGGAGAUUUUUGAGGUGCUGAGUUGGCUGGAGGGCUGUGUUGCUGAGCAGCAGGGUCGACGCCGUGGCUGGUAUACCUACACAGACUUGUGUGUGCUGUUGGAGCAACGAACCUGGCAAUUGGCUUUGGGCUCACUGUGCCAACGUCUGGCCAAGCUGGCCUGCCUGCUAGCCUUGGCUUAUGUGAGCAGUGUAGCUGUGGCCGUGGCCUCUGUGACUGUCCUCCACCAGACCUUGGGGCUGCAUGGCAGUCUUCCACCAGGGCCCCCUGAUGUUGGCUGUCUUACCCCCAAGUGCCCACCAGGGCCUUGUUCUCUGUCUUCAGCUUCUGUUCCACAGUUCCUACCCCUGUCAGCCAACACCUCCCAAAAUCCAGUGGGGGAAAUGGGACUGCAUUCACUGUGGGGGAGUCUUCUGGCUACACUGAGUCCUUCUCCAUUGCCUCCAGCACCUUUACCAGGCACCCCGACUUCUCAGCCCUGCCCCCUUUGUCGGCAGCUCCAGAUAGACUCCCCAAACCACUAUGCCUGUCAGCGUACCAACUAUACAGCCACAAUGAGGCCUCUCAGUCCCUGGUAUCCUCCACCUGGCCAAGCCCCACCCUGGCCCUGGAGCCCUGUAGCUCCUGUCCUACCCCAGCCACAGCAGUGCUCCUUGUUUGGUGCUAUGGAGCUGGCCCGCCUCAAAUCCUUUAUCUUUCCAGGAUAGAUAGAGACUCUGGAAAUGUGUUGAGGGGAGUUAGGUUGCCCUGGGGGACUUACAGGACAAAGUUUUAUCCAUUGGGAAAGAAGAAUUUAAAAACGUGAUUUAGAUUCUCUCUUCCUUUCUGGAUCCUUUGUUCUCUUUCCUCUAAGGGGAAAGGUAAAUGGGGUUGUUGUGGCAGCGGGGUGAAGAGUAUGUAGUUUGUCUUUGUUGCCUUUGCCUAUGGCUAGUUGCCACAGAAUUGGCUUCAUGAUGUCACUUGGGAAGGUUUCAUCCUGGUGACCUGUGUGAUGUCACAUGCAGAAGGCCGGGGGAAGACCUGGCCACCUUUCUGAGGCUUUCUAGAGUUGAUAAUGACUUUUGCUCUUGUUUCUUAGGAUGAGCGGGCAAGUAUGAGAGUAGAGGGAUAGAUUGAGACUGGUCUAUGUGAAGUCCCUAGAGCUUGAGUGCUAGGGGAUGAUAGGACCAGGGAGCUGGAGGGUGCUCGGGAGGUGGUGGAGAAAGAGCCCCUUUCCAGUCAAAACUUAGAGGGUUCUUAGCCUUUAGCCUCUGUCCUCCAGUGUCCCCUGCCCAUAUACUCUUAUCUACUCUUUGAUGGUGCCGCUCCCCUGUGUCUCUUUCCUCAGGUCUCUGGCCCUUGGUUUGUACUUGGUUGGUUUUUUCCAUGCUUUUAUAGAAGAAUUUGAGGUUUCAAUAAACAGUUUAAGUUGCA